AUGGCCAGCUCACCCUCCUAUGGCGACCGGCCCCCGCUUCAAAGCUACCGCAGGUCCUUCACUGCUCCUCCGCGCGUACUAUCUCUCCACGAACGUGCCGGUCUUAACGAGGCUGAUGCUGAUUUCAAUAUCCUGUACUCCCACCCGUCUGCACGGAUCAUCGCCUUCUCCCCUCCGACAGACUCAAUCCCACGAAACAGCAAAGAACCCUUGCCCGAAACCGACUACCCCGUUGAUACCGUCGAGACCUUACCAUGGCGGUCUCGGACGGAGAUGCUGGCUGCCACCGGGCCAAUAGUGAUUGAAAAAGUGCGCGGGUCUGGCCAUUUCUUGAAGUCCGCCGAUCAGAAGGUCAUUCACACCAUUAUGCGGAAUUCGCAGUGUUGGUGCGUCGACGGAGAAUCAAAGUUUGUUCUACGAAUUGGAAAGUUCCGAUACUACAGGAUCGAACUGCCCUCGGAGACUGAGGCAGAUAAAGAGAAGGUUGAAGAACUCAAGGCAGUUUUGACCAAGGUUCUCCGUUUUGAGAGAACGCCGUGCCCUUUCAAAAGAGCAUUCCACGUUGAUCUACCGGACGAUGCUAUUACGCCUCGGCGGAAAGGCGCAUGGAAAAGGAAGCAAGCGCCGUUGUCCACCACGCCCAACACUGACCCGUUACCCUUGCAGAGAACAAAAACCACCCGCACCUGGAGCUUGCAAGGGCAAGCUACGCCGACUCCGCUUCAGGCGUACGGUCGGCGCGGUUCAGAUUACGGGUUCAGCACAAGUCGUGGUCCAUCUCCACGACCACAAUCCGAUGCGGGUGGAUACCGUUCCGCCACCCCAUCCAGCCUGGCAUCUAGCGAGGAAGCCAGCGACACCAGACAUGACGAGGGCUCCAGCGAGGAUGGUUCCCACCAGGAUGAGACAAGCUAUAAACAAAGAGGCAGCAGCGUGCCACCCAACCUAUCACAACCCCUGGAGUCGCCAGUCAUUCACACCGAACCUGGCCCCUCUGGACAGCAAAGUGAAACGGAAACUGAGCGAGCAGAACUCCAAGGCAUCGCGAACGAUCCUUCGCUCCACGCAGUUGCGAUUCCAUCUAUAGAAGCUCAUCGCGAAGACGCAGGACCCCCAGCAGGAGAUCUGUGCGCAGAGGCACUGGAAGAGAGUGUAUCCGAGAAAGCGGAUACCAAGGAAGAUGAGCGGGGAGACGAAGAGGAGAGUGCCCCCCAACAGGUAUCGAGGCUCUCAACUAUUGAGGUCCUUGAACCCGAUCUAUCUCUUAUAGACGAAGCGAACGAUGCUUCGGGAGACGCCACAGCAGAGCCAGCGCAGGAACAGAGCUUCACGAAGCGUGCAGAUUCUGACAGCGCCCCCACCACUUCCGAAGCGAUCGAGCACUUCGACUCUCGUCCGGCUGAUCACCCGCAAGGUCAAGAUCUUCUCAUGUCUCAGUCCGAAGAGUUAGGAGGCUUAGAGAUCCUGCCAGGUAGUCCAACACCAGAUGACCGGGUCCUGAGCAGGGUUUCAAGUGUCGACUCAUUUCACACAACUAAUUCUCUGACACAGGAACUGUUAGCUGAACACGCCGAAGGUGAGGACUUUGAAGAAACUCCCCACACGGAGCAAUUAGAUCCGUUUUCCACAAACAUUCGUCAGCACCGAAGGGAGCUCUCUGAAUUGACUGUGACCGCAUCCACCGUCGAUGAGCAUUCGGAGCAAAAUGUUGAUCUUAGAUCAUCCACGAGCGACUCGCGUGAGGAAGCUUCAACACCAGCGCUCGGACGGUCCUCCGCAUCAGAGUCAUCCUGGCCAGAUGUACAGACACCUUCCCCAGCCAAUGACGGGCUGAGGCGACGUGUAAAGAGAAGUCGGUCCCUUUCACCUCUGCCACCUUCACCAACACUGUUCUCGCCGUCGUCACCAAGUCGAGGAGGUCAUUUCACCGCGGCCAUCCUUCAGAAGGCCUGCGAUGUGGCUCUAGUGAAGCCAAUGGAAGCUGUCGUCCUUCUUGUUCAUAUCUUGGCUCGUAUAGCUAGCGGGGCGACUGUCCAUGAUCUCCUCAGUGGAGAUUUAUUUCGAAGACCUGAGCAACACCGUCGAAGAUCGAGUUUUCCAGACCAAGUCAGCUCACUACAACCUGAUUCGGAAGAUGAGGACGAUUUCGGUGUCCCUCUUCGCGGAAGACUACCAAACGUUGAAGUCAAAUCAACGACAGCGGCAGUCAAAGAUGACGAUGUGGAUUCAAUAUUUGACUUGGAUUGA